GGAGGUUAUGUUUACAUCGCAAAUACCCGAAUGGGUUUCCUUACUAACGCACAGUAAGGGAAACCCAGAUUUCUACCCGCUAUUGACGUAGGAUACUGAUAAUUGACUCACUGAAGUAAAUAACUGUAAGUUAAUUUUAUCCUAUCAUGGGGAAAACCAAUGAAAAGAAGGAACGAGUACAGAGUGCAUGUUCUAGCAAGCUGUUCAAAAUUUCUACAUGGGGAACUGCGCCGAAAACUGAUAAUGGAAAUAAUCAGUUUCCAGUCAUUGGUUAAAACACAACAUCUUAUUACAAAAUCAUACACUGCAAUCACCAACCGGAAAUCAAACGCUCAGUAUCUUUAUCUGGAUGUCAUUUGAAUUGCACAAAUCCAUUUUAAAAAUUAACUGCUUCGUCUAAAAUCCAAUCAAGACCUCUGCAAACAUUUAAAAAAUCUGUUUUGAAUUAAACAUAAAAAUAUGGAAAAAUGUUUAAAAAUUAAAACGAGGCCGUCAGAAAUCCAACGGCCAAAGUGUACGACUGUAAAGGUUUUCAGUCCACAGUCUGGUUUGAAGUUGCCUUAUCAGUUCAUCUCUAACAUAUCCCACUAACUCGAUCCAAAGUUAUAAUCAAUGGGCCAACGGCCAUACAAUAAGUAUGGCGUAAAAGGGCUAGACAGUAAACGCGAGAGAUAACAAUCGAGAGUCGAACAAACAAAACAAUGUUCGCAAUCAAAUGUGAAAUCGUCUGGUGUAAGCCGUCGAGUCGCUUUUACCAAUAGAACGAGGAUGGUGGAUUGGCAAAAGGUUCGAAAGGUUGGAUUACCGACCCGGUAUGCCAUUGCGACGGUGGCUUUUCUUAAUUUCAUCUAUGUCUACAUGCUCCGAUUGAACGUAAACAUUGUCAUCGUGGCCAUGGUUAAUUACACAGCUAUUCCGCACACAAAUAUAACGGCGGCUGAAGAGUGUGGCUAUGCUUCAUCGGAAAAUGGCACGGAAACAUCCCCGGAUGAAGGCGAAUUUCUUUGGGACGAGAGACUUCAAUCUUUAGUUACCGGCUCUUUCUUUUGGGGUUAUAUCGUUACCCAGUUGACGGGAGGGAGACUGGCAGAGAGAAUCGGGACGAAGUACAUGUUUGCCUCUUUGCAGAUCACUGUAGGCAUCGUGACCGUUUGUCUACCAGCACUGGCAAAAGUUGGAGUCGAAUUCUUCAUCAUGGGUAGAAUAAUGCUUGGCCUGGCACAGGGAGCUUUGGUUCCAUCAAUGCAACCUCUGAUAGCCAGGUGGGCUCCAGCAGCAGAACGCAAUAGCUUUGCCACUUUUGUUUUCUCUGGCUGUCAAAUGGGAACAAUCCUUGGAACAGUUUGCAGUGGGAUGAUGGCUGACAAUUUAGGCUGGGAAGCUGUUUUCUACAUUGAAGGAUCAUUGUCCUUGGUUGUUGUCAGUGCUUGGCUUUUCUUCAUUUAUGAUUCACCUUCAGUCCACCCCAGGAUAUCUAGGCAAGAACAGGAGUACCUCGAAUCAUCAACAGUUUCUUCAGCAAAAGCCAGAAAACUAAGGGUUCCGUGGAAGUCAAUAAUGAAGUCCCCACCUUGUUGGGCUCUGCUCAGUGCCACAUUUGGGUACAACUGGGCACUUUACAUGUUGCUGACUGAGCUUCCCAUUUACAUGAGAAACAUAAUGCACUUCAACUUGAAAAGCAACUCGUUGCUGUCUGCUUUGCCUUGGCUUCUCAUGUGGAUCUUCAGCUUGGUGGUAGCUAAAAUAUCUGACGUAGUUGUGAGGCGAGACUGGAUUUCCGUCAACACAACUCGAAAAAUGUUUAAUACGAUAGCAUUCUGCGGGCCAGCACUUUGUUUGACCAUCGUUUCGUUUAUCGGAUGCGAUCGGUACUGGACGCUUGCCAUACUUACUUUGGCCGUGAGUCUUUUAGGGGCUUCAUACAGCGGUAUUUUAAUAAAUCAUCUAGAUCUGGCGCCCAAUUUUGCUGGGACACUUUACGGUCUAGUGGCCGGGCUCGCUUGCAUUAGCAGCUGGCUAGCGCCCUUAGUAGUCGCCACAUUAACCGAAGCUGAGCAAACUCUGGCUCGUUGGCGGAUCGCUUUUCUACUUUGCGCGGCCAUCUUAACGGCCAAUGCCGUCGUUUUUAUCCUGUUCGGCUCAACCGAGCGGCAAGAGUGGGACAGGGCGGCGGAGGAAAAGGCUUUGAAUGGUAACAUCGAUGACAUUCCAGCCAGUAAACAUCAGCUUUUAAAAUCUGCAACACCAACAUCUUGAAAAAAAAAAUAAUAAUAAUAAUAAAAAAUAAAGAAUUUCAUACUCGAAUAAUUUUUUUAAAAUUAGGUAUCAAAUGUACUCAUUAAGAGUUUUUUGUAAAUUAAUAAAAUCUCAUAAAAACAG